GCCAUCAUGGCUCUCAUCAUCCCUGAGAAGUUCCAACACAUUCUUCGUGUUAUGAACACGAACAUUGAUGGAAAAAGGAAGAUUAUGUUUGCCUUGACAGCCAUCAAGGGAAUGGGUCGGCGGUAUGCCAAUGUUGUUUGCAAGAAGGCUGAUGUUGACAUCACAAAACGUGCUGGAGAACUGAGCGAAGAAGAGAUUGAGAGAGUGAUCACAAUUAUGUCCAAUCCCCGCCAGUACAAAAUCCCUAACUGGUUCCUGAACAGACAGAAGGAUGUCAAAGAUGGUAAAUACAGCCAGGUCAUGUCCAAUGCCCUUGAUAACAAGCUCCGUGAGGAUCUUGAAAGACUAAAGAAGAUUAGGGCACACAGAGGUCUCCGACACUACUGGGGUCUGAGGGUGCGUGGACAGCACACCAAGACAACUGGCAGGAGAGGAAGAACUGUUGGAGUGGCCAAGAAGAAGUAAAUUAUGUGAUUACUUAAAACUAAUAAAGAAUCUGUCAGGGGA